AUGUCGCGCGUGGCUCUGGCUGUGGCGAUUCUCAUCGCCGUGGCGUUCACGCCAACGAUGGGAUGGGCAUUCGAAGAGGAUGAACUCACCGCCUCGUGGGACUCGCCGACGAAUUCCAACCUCAGGGGUAAAUUAUACUCGUACACGAACCGUCUUGACGAUGAAGAACCCCGGGUCACGGUAAGCGGCGUCCAAGGCGGCCAUGUCGGUCUUCCCUGUAAUAUACAACCCAACUCAACGGAGGACGAAGUGUCGCUUGUGUUGUGGUACAAGGAUGAUUCGACAACGCCGAUCUACUCGUUGGAUUCGCGCAAAACAACGCUGCGGAAUGCUCAUCAUGCUCCGGUUCACUGGCUCAGCGAACGGGCAUACCUGAGGACGAUACCGAUUGCGAGGCCGAACAACGCAUCGAGAAGCAAACCGACGAACACAGAAGUUACGCCGAACGCCGCCACUUCGCUACUGGAGUUGAAAAACCUCGAAAAAGAAGAUGAGGCACUAUACAGAUGUCGGGUAGACUUCAAACGUGCCCGUACGCGGAAUUACGAAGUGCAGCUUAAGGUUAUCGUUCCACCUUCCCGGUUGACAGUGGUAGACCAGCGGGGAACGUUUCUGUCGGACAAGGCAGUGAUCGGACCCUUCACUGAAGGCGAGAAACUCGUACUGAAAUGUCAAGCCCACGGAGGAGUGCCCCCUCCAGUGGUAACGUGGUACCGGGGCUCAUCGUCGACCGUCAAAGAGACAGUUCCGACGCAAGUCUCUCAGCUCGGCACAGAGCUCAAGCUGCUGUCUUCAGCAGCUAACGUUCAACAUGGGAGUUUUGUGGAGAGCGAGUUGGUCCUACAAAGCCUCACUCGGGAUGAUCUCCUGGCAGCGUUAAUCUGCGUCGCCUCAAAUAACAAUGUUUCACAACCGCUGAUGUCGUCGGUGGUUCUCGACAUCUACUUUCGUCCCCAACGCGUGUGGAUCACGUCGCCGAGUCCCGAAAUCAUCUUGGCAGGCAUGACGACGGUUUUCAAAUGCUCUUCGGCCGGCUCGCGGCCGCCCGCGAUGAUCCAAUGGUUCAAAGGAGACGAGAAAAUGACAAAUACCACGAUCGUGGUGAGUUCGAACAGCAGCUCGUCGGCCCCGCUGCCGGCCCUCCCGAGCAAGUUGACUGGUGACGACUGGCACACUUCAGUGCUGGAAUUCGUGCCGUCUCCCGACGACGACGGCAAACAGCUCACAUGUAAAGCGGACAAUCCUGCGAUGCCUACGCGAGGCACCAAAGGAUCGGAUUCGAACGCCAUCGUCGACGGCGUCAAACUCAAAGUUCAUUAUGUUCCUCAACCCACUGUCCGAUUGGGCACGAAGCUGCGGCACUCGCAUAUCCGCGAAGGACAUGACGUGUUCCUGGAGUGUGACGUGAAAGCGAACCCGCCAUUAAUUGAAAUGGGAUGGGCUUUCGAAGGCCAGGAGCUCAAAACCGAUCUCGAAAGAGGCGUCGUCAUCAGUGAGAAUUCGCUCGUCCUACAAAAAGUCACGAGGCUUAACCGAGGACGCUACGUGUGUACGGGAACCAACUCGGAAGGUCAAGGGAAGAGUCCUCCAUUCCAGUUGCGAGUUAGAUAUGAACCGACGUGCAAACCCGGCCAGAGGCAAAUGUACGGAGCGGCAAAGAACGAAACGGUCAGAAUCAGCUGCGAGCUCGACGGGGACCCACCAGACAUCACGUUCCGCUGGCGCAUCCGUAACUCGAAAGGAGAAAUCACAAACAUUCCGACUCCGACCGGCGGCUCGAAAACCGGGGGCGGCAACAGCAACAGCAACGCGAUUUCCCUCGAUGACGACGCCGCCGGUACGAGAGAUUCCGGCUUCAUCGUCCAGUCUGAGGGGACGCAGAGCUGGCUGACGAUUGUGCCAAAGUCCGAGGAUGACUACGGCACCAUCAUUUGCUGGGGUCGGAAUCCUAUGGGCAUGCAAACCGAGCCCUGUCUCUUCAGUCUGACGUCCGCGGGCCCACCAGGCCCCGUGCACAACUGCAGUGUCAUCAAUCAAACUGAGGAAUCCAUAACGAUCUCGUGUCUUGAGGGCUACGACGGAGGUUCCGAAGGAGGCCAGAUGUUUCAUAUGGAGGUUCACGACUCCGCGAAUCAAAAUCGCGUGCUAAUCGCCAAUCUCAGCACGACGAUUGCCCCUCCAAGUCUGCAAGCAAAGGGUCUGUCCCCCUCGACACCGUACGUGUGCACGAUUUAUGCAUCGAACGAGAGGGGAACAAGCCAACCCACGAUUCUUGUUGCUUCGACGAUCCCGAAGCCGUUGAGUUUAUCGUCGAAAGGCGGAUUUUUAUUUGGUUAUCUGGACGGUCGCUUUAAACCGUCCCCUUUUGUUGUUUUGGGCAUCGCCGGAGCGAUACUCGCUAUUAUUCUCUCGACGAUUCUCGUGGUUGCGGUCGCGCUCAAAGCGAUUCGCGCGAAUCACUUGGCCGGAAAUCAUCGCGGACACAAGAAAAAGCUCAAUGAUCUGGGAUUUUCUAUCGACGACGACGAAUCCGUAUUUCCGCUGAGAGACAUCGAGAAGAGGAACAGUCCUACAGUUACUGAUCUCAAGAAUUUUAUCGAUGACGAAGACGACUCACGAGGACCCGAUAUUAUACCGGAAACUCUCAAGCUCACGAGCCCUUCGUGUUCGACGCUCGGAGCGUUGGAGAGCAGCUUUAUCCAAUCAAUCGGGGUGGUCGAUACAGCAAGUGCACACAUGUACACCCCGCAGUCGGAUUUCGGGUCAAAAAUCUUGAACGAUGUCACUUACCUAGACUACUCGAGUCUCAAACGUGGAUCGUGGGAUAUUGCUCAACGCCAAAAAUCUUCCGAAUCUCCGUCUAUCUUUCAACACCACAUGGUCACGCUGCCGAGAAGACCUCAACAAGUACAGCAGCAGCAGCAACAACAAUUACAGCUUCCAGUCGGCGGAACUCGAACAUCUGCAAUUGCGAAUGAAACUCUCCGAGACCAUUCGUGCAUCCGUUACAAAACAUUGACCAUACAAGGUCAAGUUAUCCCAGUUGCUAAAAACUAUAAGUACCUUGGGGUAACCCUAUCCGACUCCAGAAAUUACCUCAAUGCACAAGAGGAAGCCUGGAUGAAAGGGGCCACUUCCGCCUUACAUGCAAUGCAUGCUACGUCUCUCUGGGGUUUCAACAGAUUUGAGAUCUCUAGAGUGCAGUGGAAAGCAACCGCCGUCCCGAAACUCACCUACGCCAACUCGGUCUUGACAUACAGACUCCAAUUCGAUCAAGAAGGACGUCCGCUCUCGAAUAUCUUCAACAAAAAGAUCAAAGAAAGGAUACGAGAGACCCAAGAGGCGAUGUGGAGAGACAACAUGCUCCUCAAGACGAGCCUCACUACUUACGCCAAGGGAAAGAAAACCCGAGGUGUAACUAGCUUCACUUACGAUAAUAGUAAGGGGAGCGCCCUCCUGGCUCUGGCCAGAGCCAACAUGCUGCCAACCAGAGCCCACAAGAUGUACCCCGGAACCGACAAAACCUGUCCCAGGUGUGGCAUCUACGAAGAGACGAUGGAACACGUCAUCUUCGAAUGCAACGACAUCUAUUACACGGGGGAAGAACUCCUGUGCCGUCUCGGACUCCACGAAGGAGCAAACAAUGCAACCGAAGUUUCUGGACGCUGCGCCUACUACCGUCAUCUCGUCUGGAAGUCUCUCACGGAGAAGUAUUUGCAUGCCACACUCAUGGAGCCGCAAUUGCCUAGCGGAGAAACAGAUGGCGGUCACAAGUUCCGCUUAGAAACCUCGUCUUCCACCGUUUCCAAGAACUCCCGCUUCCAUGGAGCCUCCCUCGGCAAGAGAGAAUUCUCGGUCGCACUCUCCCUCGAACCCCAUUCAUUCAGGUGA